GUUUAGUAAAUGAUUGCACUUUUGAUUGAAUGGUGUUUUGAGUGAUAUAUUGGACACCAUCUGAGGACUAGUGAACCGUUGAAGAUGUCAUCCGAAGAGAUGUCAACUCACUAUUCAGUCCUUCAAUGCGAUGAAAAGGCGUCCAAACAAGAGAUCCGAAAACAGUACAAGAAAUUAGCUCUUAUGACACAUCCGGAUAAGACUGAGUCCACGACUUCGUGUGAAGACUUCCAUCGUAUCGAUAGAGCCGUCAAAGUAUUGGACAACGAUUUAAGUCGUCGUCAAUACGACUGUCAACUCAUC